AUGAAGGCUUCUAUGAUUACUGCCCUGACCUGGGCCGCCUGCACCAUUGCCACGCCCGUCGGUCUCGGGCUUCGCGACGUUGCCGGCGGGCAGUGCACCUGCGAGGUUGAGACCGUCACUAUCACCGUCCCGGCUCCCACUGAGGUCGGCCCCAUCGGUGGUCCUACCGUGACGGGUCCUGUUGAGACCGGGCCUGCUGGGAGCAAUCCGACCGAGACGGAACCUGCUGAGACGGAACCCGCUGAGACCGAGCCCGCUGAGACCGAGCCCGCUGAGACGGAACCCGCUGAGACCGGCCCUGGUGCGACCGGCCCUGGUGCGACCGGCCCUGGUGCGACCGGCCCUGAUGACAAGUGCCACGGUACCGGUCACCUCAUCCAGGACCUCGGCCCUCAGGUCGGUCGUGCUCUGUAUGUCACCGGUGCCGACGGCGAGAAGUUCCUCGUCCAGGUCAAUGAGGACGUCUACAACCUGCUCUCCGGCAGGGUCUCCCUCAGCGACUCCAUUGGCGAAAUCGUCGGUGACGCUGCUACCCUUGGUGACCUCAUUGCCGACCUCGGCCCCAUCAUCGACUGCAUCCUGACCAUCGUCGGCGAAGACGCCCACAUCCUCCUUGUCCGCCUCGCCCCCGAGAUCGCCGACCUCCUCCGCGGCGCCGGCAUCACCCUCGGCCUCGACGCCAUCAACAACCCAAUCGGUGGCCUCCUCGGUGGCUUGACCGGCGGCCUGCUCACCCGUGACGUCCAGCGCUACACUGUGCAGGGCCAGAGCGGGCCUCUCCCCGUUGCGCUCGACGGCCGUCCUGACCAAGUUCUCCGUGAGAACCACUACUCUGGUCUCAUUGGCUCCGUUAUCGACAUUGCCAUUUCUGUGACCGAGCUCCUGCAGCACCCUCUGGCGCAGGACUCUGAGGACCUCAUCAUUAUUAUUGGUCGUGACACCGGCGCACUGCUGAUCAAGCUUGCUCCUGGUGUUGCUCAGCUGCUCCAUGGCCUCCUUCCUGAACUUGCCACCCCUGUUGGCAGGAUUGUCUACAUCGUUGGUGACAGCCUUUAA